UUCUGAAAGACUUCCCAACCCAAAUCAAAUCACGAGCCCAGCCCAGCCCAGCUUUGCAUCUCCCUCUCCGCUCUCCUCUUCGCCGAGCGGAGAUGAGGACGCCCAGCCCGCCGGACCGCCGCCGGCGCAAGCCACCGCCACCUCCAAGUCCGUCCGCGCUGCUUCAUGCUGCGGCUACUCGCUGGCGCAGUCAGUCUCCCGAGUCCCACCACCGCCGCUCGCGUUCCGGCCGUCCGUCCGUCCAUGGCGGCGACAGCCACCGGCAUCAGCAGGGCAAGCGUGGCGGGGGGCAACGACAUCGGCACCGAGUUUCGGCCUCCAAACCCACAUCCCGCCCACCCGCCACCACCGCUGCCGCUGCUCAAGGUUAUUCAAAUGGUUCCUUUAAUGGACCGGCUGCUCAAACUGGAAACUGGUUCCUGCAACUGGACAAGAUGAAGGGAUGCUUGAAUAUAUUCCUUCCAAUUUGUUUGCACAGGAUAAUGUGCAGAAGGCUAAGCAAGCACUUGAACUAACAAGAAAGUGUGGAACAAUUGAUGUAGCUGAUGCACUAGAGCUUCUCUCACCAGAUUCUGAAAGCGAGGAAGUAAGCUAUCUAGCAUCUCUAUGCGUGCUUCCAUUUUUCUUAGAUGUCUGUGUGCUAUGAGGUUUUCAGAUUUAUUAGAUUUGUUCGCGCGAAAAAGAUUUUUCGAUGGGUUUAUAGUUUUUUGUUUGUCACGCUUGCUUGUGAAUUAGUCGUAAUUAUGCAAUUUUUGUUCUGGAGUUUCUCAUGAAAAAUUGCUGUAUGACAACAUGUGUCUUUUCGUCAAGUCUGUAUAUUUAGUUUCCGCCAUCUUUUACGCUUUAUUAAUGCUCCCUUCAAAUCAUAUUUUAGUAGAAGUAGGGAUACUCACGUUUGUGAACUAUAUCUAGUUUAAGCGCUA